UCUAGCCCCUACCGUCUGAGGGCAGGGCGGAAAUGAGGCGGGCAGCCUACAGCUUCCCUUUUUUGUUCUGCUGCCGUCAUCUGGGCCUCCUUCCCCAUCAGAGCCUCAGAGGAGGGGAUAGUGCACCAUGGCCUCCCGUGCAGCAACGGUCCGCCAGACCUGCUGUUGUUUCAACGUCCGAAUCGCCACCACUGCCUUGGCCAUCUACCAUGUAGUCAUGAGUGUCUUGCUGUUCAUCGAGCACACAGUGGAGGUGGCCCGUGGCAAGGCCUCCUGUAGGUUUGCUAAGAUGCCAUACCUCAAGAUUGUGGACCUGUUCUCCAGCUUCCUGCUCAUUGGAGUGCUGUUUGCCAUCAGUCUCAGCCUGCUGUUCGGUGUGAUCAAGAACCGGGAGAAGUACCUACUACCCUUCCUGUCCCUUCAAAUCAUGGACUUCCUGCUCUGCCUGCUCACACUGUUGGGUUCCUACAUUGAGCUGCCGGCUUACCUGAAGCUCACCUCCCGGUCCCGGCCCGGUCCCUCCAAGGUCCCCCUGAUGGCACUGCAGCUGUUGGAUUUCUGCCUGAGCAUCCUGACCCUAUGCAGCUCCUAUGUAGAAGUGCCCACCUACCUCAACUUCAAGUCCAUGAACCACAUGAAUUACCUCCCGAGCCAGGAGGGCAUGCCGCACAGCCAGUUCAUCAAGAUGAUGGUGAUCUUCUCAGUGGCCUUCAUCACUGUCCUCAUCCUGAAGGUCUACAUGUUCAAGUGCGUGUGGAGAUGCUACAGACUGAUGAAGUACAUGAACUCGGCUUUGGAGAGAAGCAGCACCAAGAUGCUCCCAAAGGUGGCCCUCCCAUCCUAUGAGGAAGCCUUGUCUCUGCCCUCCAAGUCUCCAGAGGGGGACCCCCCACCACCCCCAUACUCUGAGGUGUGAUCCAGCCAGGCCCUAGCCCCUGGGCCAGGAGAGAGGCAAAGCUGUCUCCUUGUGCUUCUUCGCUUUGGUGGCCACUGUGGCCUGCGUGGAUCCCCCAGCGAACUUCAGGGUGAUCUGCUUGUGCCCUUCUUGUUGGCCUCUCCUCCUGGAGGCCCCUCACUCACAACUGGGUCACUCCUUGGUUGAUGACACUUUGAGUCACUGAAUCCUCAGCCCAGCAGCUCAGCUUAUCUUCAUCUGUAACACACUAGUUUAGAGUACUGUCACGCUAGGUUUGGGUGAGUUUGGUUAAUAGCCACCAGCCAGCAGCCCCAGCUCACAACACCAGGCCUGUGGAAUCAGGAAAGGAUUCUUGCUCAACAACAGUGCCGGGUGCCAGUUCAUACAAAGCCCUUAGGCCACAGGGCAGUUCAUGACCGUGACACCAAUUAGCCACCCCUUCUUCCCCCAAAUAUAUACAUAUAAAAUUCCUUCAAAUAGGCUGCUUAAAUAGCAACUCAGCCAACCAGCUGCAUUCAGAAUUGUGAUAAAAUCUAAUAAAAAACUGAGGUGUCAACAGAAGAAAAAAAAAAGAAAUGGUGGUAUUGUCCCACUGUUCAGUUCAGUGAAACUGGUACCUGGCUGCCUCUGGUCAGUCAUCUGGAGGCUGGGGCAUCCUGGGAACAUUCUAGCAACUGCUCUGCUCCCUGUGGGAAAUUGUUUCUAUCCUAAGCAGUCAUUUCCCAUGAACCACAACCUUCUGCUGAUACACUGUCCUCACCUGCACUGGCCCUGAUGGUUACAUGGUGGUGGGUUCUGUUCAAGGGCCACCUCAGUUAUGGGCAGCUUUAGGGCCUGGCUGUCGGGCUGUCCCAUGAUCACUCCAAUCUGUUCUGCCCAAGAUUGUGCUCAAACAACCACAGGCCUGGAAUGGGUUGCCCAGGGCUGCCCAGUUGUUCAGGCUGGCCCUUGGUGGAUGCAGAGCCAGCCAGAGCUUGUGUUCUGUGGUAUCUGCAGGGAAGGUCCAUUCCAUACCCCUCUGCUGGCUUUCCCAUGGUUAGGGAUCCUGAGGGAGCUGCCUGUGGUGUAGAUGGGCCUGCAAGGCCUGCAGGACUGGCAGAGGACUGCAAGGGGUUCCAACAGCACCUGUGUCAUCACUUGUGUGUGACCUGGAAGAAGGGCCAAUAAAGCAGCUAGAAGCUUC